AUGUCGGAACAUACGCUGGGGAAGGUGGUGAGGAAAGCCGGGUUGAGGGGGAGGAUGGGCACGAUUUUGGUUUGUCUUCAGCAGGUCGAGAGUACGGGCUUGAGUUUGAAGAGCGAGGAAGUGAUGAGGGAAGUUUUGAUCGGGAUAAGAGAGCAUGCGGCUCGAGCGGAGUGGAAUGCGGAGGCUGUCACUAAGGCUAGGAAGUGGGCGGUGGAGGUUGCGAGUCUGCUUGAGAGGAGUGAGCAUGGUAGUGGGAAGGUGGGUGCUGGGACGAAGGAUGCGAGGAGGAGGCCGCAGGUGCUGGGGUUGUUUUUGGAGUUGGCUGCUGUGGAUGCUUUUAAGCAUAAAGGGGGCCAGGAUGUGGAUGGGACGGUGAGGAUGUAUACGGAGCGUUUGCUUAGUUGUAUGGGUGAUGAGGUACAGCCUCCCUCAAUCACCCCCUUAUCCCUCGGUCCCCAACUCGAAAUGCUGCACGGCGUACCGAUCUACCACGGGCUACUCCUCGCCGAUAGAAUACUCGGCUCAGCACUUCCUCGGGCGGAGAAAGCACGCAGCAUAAGGGACGACUACGAAGCCGGCCUUACGGUUCUCGCACAAGCACUUGAGGCUCGAGGAGAUGGUGCCUUGGAAAAGGAGGGCACGUAUGGUGGGCAGGCGUUGAUGUGUUGGGGGAGUAUUCUUCGGGAUUGA